AUCACUCCCACCUCCAUCAUCAUCAUCACAUUGUCUCAUAAAUAAGCAUAUAUAGACGCACAAGCCACACAGUCAGCACUAUACAAGCUAGAAAAAGCAAAAGAAUAACCCAAAACACCAGACAAAACAACCAGAAUGAGCCCCACCAAACCCAUCACCCCCGCAUUCACCAAAUCCCUCCCCAAGGUUGAGCUUCAUGCCCAUCUUACGGGCAGCAUCAGCCGCCAAUGUCUGCAUGAGAUCUGGGCGCGCAAGAAGGCUGAAAAUCCGGCUUUCGAUGUGCAGGAUCCGUGGGAGGUCAUGCCUCCUGGUAAGGUGGAUUAUUCUCUGGCUACCUUCUUCAACGUCUUCUCCAACUCGAUCUACAACCUCUGCUCCGAUCUCCCCAGCAUCGCCUACGCGACAACCUCCGUCCUCAAAGACUUCCACGCCGACGGCAUCCACUACCUCGAACUGCGCACCAUCCCGCGCCCAUCUCCCUCCUUCUCAAGAGAAGAAUACCUGCUCACCGUGCUUGACGCAAUAGACGCAUUCUCCCACACCCAAGCCACUCUCGACCCCGACACCCACAAAAUGACGACUCGAGUAAUUCUCGCUAUUGACCGUGGGCAGAUGUCUCCCGCUGAUGCGAACGAAGUCAUAGAUCUGGCAAUCGCCAACGGGCACCGUGGUGUCGUCGGCAUUGAUAUAUGCGGCAAUCCCACGAAUGGCGACGUUUCUAUAUUUGCGGUGGCGAUGGAGCGCGCGAAGAGUGCUGGAUUAGCCCUGACGGUGCAUUUCGGCGAGGUGUCUUCUUCGACUCUCGCGUCGUCGUCAGCGAAGACCGCAGCGGAGGCGGAGAAGGCCUUGGAGAGUGAGUUGAGGGAGAUGCUGAGCUGGAACCCACGCAGGUUGGGCCACGUCAUUCAUGUCCCCUCGGACAUCAAGGACGAGAUCAAAAAGAGAGGCCUCGGGCUCGAGCUGUGUCUAUCGUGUAAUGUGCAUGCCAGCAUGUUCGAUGGUGGAUUUGCGGAUCACCACUUUGGGGAGUGGUGGGGGGGUUCUGAUUGUGUUGUUGUGCUUUGUACUGAUGAUGUGGGCUUCUUUUGUAGUCCCGUGUCGAACGAGUAUUUACUCGCGGCGGAGCAUUUCAAACUAUCGCGGGCUGAUAUUCUACGUCUGUGCCGGAGAUCCUACGAUGUUAUCUUUGAGGACGAGACUGAGAAAGAGCGGCUUCGGCAAUUGCUGGAUGAGUUUGAAUCCAACUACGCGGAGUGAGCGCGCGCAUCAUGAAGAACAGAAACGAGUGCUAUUGUAAUCUCUAUCAAAGAGUAUCCCAAACCAUCGCUAGAUAAUUCUGCAAAUCAACCACGCCAUCGGAAUUUCCCCUCCUUCAACGUCUUUACCACGCCCAGCGGCAUGAACUCCCUGUUGACAGCCGCGAGACCCCCAUAUUUCUGCACCAUCUCCGUCUGGUACAGUUCUGCCGUCCACUGCCAGUACGAAGACAUACCGUACCAUUCAUCCGAUAUGAUGUAGCUGUUGUGGGUGCUGUCGCCUGUCACCGCCUCAUCCAAUGACAUCUGGUUGCGGCGCAGUUCCGUCGUCUGGUUGAUACUGAUCUCCGCAGGCACCGAUAUCAGAUCCCUGUAUGCGCUCAGUAGCGAGGUACUGUACGACU